GUUUACUCUGUAUUCUAGAAAAUGAACGGACAGUCCCAACAAUACGGAAUCCAGACAGAUUCCAUGACCCUGCAGCGAUUUGUUCUCGCCGAACAGAAGAUGCAUCCCGAAGCUAGCGGUGACUUCACUAAUCUGCUAACUUCGCUGCUUACCGCUGUCAAAGCCAUCUCAAGUGCUACACAAAAAGCUGGUUUGGCUCAAUUGUAUGGUAUUGCUGGUCAAACAAAUGUGCAAGGUGAAGAGGUGAAGAAAUUGGAUGUGCUCUCCAAUGAGCUGAUGAUUAACAUGCUAAAAUCUAGCUACACUACAUGUAUGCUGGUUUCUGAGGAGAACGAAGAUCUGAUUGAGGUGGAAAAAAGCAAACGCGGAAAUUACAUCGUGACUUUUGAUCCACUCGAUGGUUCUUCUAAUAUCGACUGCUUGGUAUCAAUCGGGACAAUUUUUGGCAUCUAUAGGAAGGUUAGCGAUGGUGAUGUCAAGUUGGCUGAUGUGCUACGUCCUGGAAAAGAAAUGGUCGCUGCCGGCUAUGCACUCUAUGGAUCAGCUACGAUGGUGGUUUUGACGACCGGCAAUGGAGUAAACGGAUUCACACUUGAUCCUACCAUUGGAGAAUUUGUACUCACGCACCCACAGAUGAAAUGCAAAAGUAAAGGAGCCGUCUACUCAAUCAAUGAGGGUUAUGCAUCCGGAUGGACUAAAGGAAUUACUGAAUAUAUCCGCACUAGAAAGUUCCCUGAACCUGGUAAAAAGUCGAUGGGUCAAAGAUACGUUGGCUCGAUGGUUGCAGAUGUUCAUCGUACCCUACUCAACGGUGGUAUCUUCCUUUACCCUGCAACCGAUAAAUCACCCAAUGGAAAGUUACGUCUUUUGUACGAAUGCAAUCCUAUGGCAAUGGUUCUGACACAGGCUGGUGGAAUGGCUACAACGGGAAAAAUGGACAUUUUGGACAUCGUGCCUAAAAAGAUCCAUGAACGUGCUCCAAUAAUACUUGGUUCAAAGGAGGAUGUCGAGGAGGCAAUGGAAUACAUCAAAAAAUAUGAUUCAUAAAACUGGUCUAGGUUCUCAACUUUCAUU